UUUGAGACUGUUUGUUUUACACUUUUACGAGUUGUAGAUUCCCUUCUCGUCGAUCUCUUCCUUCCCUCAUGUCUAGAAGAACAUCGGCGAGAGCAGUGGAGUUGCCAAUCAGCGGCAACUAACCGCUGAGAAGAUUGAUUCCGACGAUUCCCACUUUUGAUUUACCGGUUGAAGAAGAAAAGUAAGGUCGCUAAUCCAUUAGCCGCGCCAGAUGUAUCAUCCAACCCGUGGCGGUGUUCGCGGCGGCCGCGAUCAGUUCAGCUGGGAUGAUGUUAAGGUUGAUAAGCAUCGUGAGAAUUACCUUGGCCACAGUCUCAAGGCACCAGUGGGAAGAUGGCAGAAAGGGAAAGAUCUGCAUUGGUACACUAGGGACAAGAAUUCCGGGUCUUCAGAAGAUGCUCUAAAGAAAGAGAUUAAAAGGAUCAAGGAAGAGGAGGAACAAGCCAUGAGGGAGGCCCUUGGCUUAGCCCCCAAACGAGCUGCCAGGCCACAAGGAACUCGACUUGAUAAACACGAGUUCAAUGAGCUGGUGAAGCGAGGAUCCACUGCAGAGGACUUGGGAUCUGGGCAUGCUGAUGCAGCACGCGUCGAUGGUCUUGGGUUCUCAAAGGCACCCCGUCCUUGGGAAGACCCCUCAACCCUUCCAUCCUUCGGGACAGACGCUGCAUCCGAGCCCCCAAAGGUCGAUAUGCCCAAUCCAUCACCCGAGGCCCCUGAAGAAGUCGAAACAAAGGAUGAAAACGGACAGAAGGAGAGUAGGAGACGUGAGGAGAAGAAGCUAGAAAAGGAGAAGAGAAGAGAGAAGGAGGAGAAGCAUAGAAGGCACGAGAAGAGGCAUUCCCGGGAUUCAGACGACAAGAGGAAACACCACAGGGAAGACAAGGACAAGGACAAGGACAGGAAGAAGAAGAGAAGGAGACACGACUCUGAUGGCGACUAGAAUGAAACCGAGUGUCAUCCUUCUUGAGCCUCCUUAUCAGUUUCGUUUCCCCAACAAUGUUUGUAGGGGAAAAGCAAAGUCUGGAAGUAUGUAUACUAUAUCACUAUGAUCUUCCAGUUGCAAGGAUUUGUCAACUGUGAAGUGUUUUACCAUGUCUCUUGAUUUGGUUAGUUGGGUUCUUCAGAAAGAACUGCAUUUCUAUUUUUCUCCACAAAAUUGUAUGUGACAAAGGUUUGCCAAUGUUGAUGGACUGUAGAAUAUGGCCAACACUACUAGGAGCAGGCCAUGGUUCUAUUGAAUCCAAAAUUGAACAAUCCAAUCCCUUAUCAGUCUAAUUAGUACAAGUCUUGAUCCUUGGUCCACUUAGUUUUGAUGGUU